GUCUCUGUCGUUAACCGAAAAAGGAGAGACGAUUGUGCUCGAUUGAACUACCACGAACGUCGCAGCGACGGACGUUGCUUUGUAAAUUAUGUAAAAUAAAGAGAUGUAUCACGCUAUACACCUGUGAAUACGUUGAUGCUAUAUUCACUGGAGGAAAGGUGUGCCAAUAAUCUCGCGGAAAAGAACAACAAUAUGUUUUUUAACAGAUGAUGUGUCCAGGAAGAUUUGAAGGAUUUAACGACGCCGCUCAAACAAGAGAACCAAACGCUCGUAUAAGAAAAGGAGUAAACACCGGCAACGUUACACGACAAAUUACGCUUAUAUCCAACGAGAUGCUGACGAGCUGUUGAAUCUUUGACAGAUAAAUUAGAGAAAGCGAGACCUUUCGACGAGCUGCUUCAGUUUUAAUAACGACAGAGGAUGCAGCACACCGGAUACACCUGAAAAUCCCCCCUCACUCUCCUGUGAAUCAGUCACCUCUGAGCCAGCCAUAAGAAACUCUUAUGUAGGAAAUGGAGAUAAGGAAAGUACACAGCAAAAACUGAAUUAACUUGCACGGAUAUACUAAAAAAAAACAAGCACCCUCUGAUACUCCUGUGAACUCAAGGGAACGCGGAAGAUAAGAGCUGUAGAAAGGAGAGAGUAAUUCUUGUCGCUGACAGCUGGCAACACUGGAAGGACGGCUGAGGAACUUCAUAAGAGGGUGAGAGGGUGAUCACUGAGUGAGAGAGACGGGGACUGACAGAGAGCCAGAGUGCAGGAGGGGGCGGCGGAGGAGGAGUGGGAAAGGUCAAUCGCCAUGGCGACGGACCCAGGAGAGCCCACUGCCACGGAGGAGUCCUCUGGAGAGAAACCUGAUGGAGAGAGGGAGGAGGAGAAUGACCAGGGGAACAGGGCUGCCCGUGAGAGAGAGAGGAUGCACAGCACGCCGUCUGACUUCCCCUCCUCCCAGACACAGGAAAAGAGAGCGUGGAGCGCAGGAGGAGGAGGCGGCGGAGUGGAGGACAGUAAAGAAAUGGAUGAACCGGUCAGACCUCUGACCUUCUUCAUGCCCUCCUCCCCAGCAGCACAAGAACCGUGUAGGAAACGGGAGAACAAGCGUUUUUUCCGAAAGAGCGUGGAGAUAUGCGAAGAGGACGACGAGGUGGAGGAAACCCACGACGCCCCUCACAGCGCCCCUCACCUCGAGUUUUGUGCCUCCGACUCUGUUUUCACCAGCGGAGCCCAGCAGUUACCCGCCAGUGCCUCGGCUGCCUUGGGUGAGGAUGGCACUCAAGGCACACAGGAUCCUGAUAAGACCGGCCUUUCGGCGCCCGCUCUAAAGGGGAAGGAAAGAGAUAGAGAACAGGAAGAAGAGGCUGAGAUGAAGGCCGUCGCCACUUCGCCCGGUGGCCGCUUUCUAAAAUUUGACAUCGAGCUUGGCAGGGGAGCGUUCAAAACUGUUUACAAAGGCUUGGACACGGAAACCUGGGUGGAAGUUGCCUGGUGUGAACUGCAGGAUCGAAAGCUGACCAAGGCGGAGCAGCAGCGGUUUAAAGAGGAGGCUGAAAUGCUGAAGGGUCUACAGCACCCCAACAUUGUGCGUUUCUAUGACUCCUGGGAGUCUGUUCUUAGAGGCAAAAAGUGCAUCGUCCUAGUGACUGAGCUCAUGACCUCGGGAACACUCAAAACGUACCUUAAGCGCUUUAAGGUGAUGAAGCCCAAGGUUCUACGCAGCUGGUGCAGGCAAAUCCUAAAGGGUCUUCAGUUCCUACACACACGUACGCCACCCAUUGUGCACCGUGACCUCAAGUGUGACAAUAUCUUCAUCACAGGCCCGACCGGAUCAGUAAAGAUUGGUGACCUGGGCCUUGCCACCCUCAUGCGGACAUCAUUUGCCAAGAGUGUCAUAGGUACUCCGGAGUUCAUGGCCCCAGAGAUGUACGAGGAGCACUAUGACGAGUCAGUAGAUGUCUAUGCCUUUGGCAUGUGCAUGCUAGAAAUGGCUACAUCAGAGUACCCAUAUUCAGAAUGCCAAAAUGCUGCACAGAUCUACCGCAAAGUCACCAGUGGUAUCAAGCCUGCCAGUUUUGACAAAGUAAAUGACCCUGAGGUAAAAGAAAUCAUUGAGGGCUGUAUUCGCCAAAACCGAUUAGAGCGGCUCUCGGUGAAGGACCUUCUAAAUCAUGCCUUCUUUGCGGAGGACACCGGCGUGCGUGUGGAGCUUGCAGAGGAAGAUACUGGCUGCAAAGACUGCUUGGCCCUGCGCAUCUGGGUUGAAGAGCCAAAGAAACUCAAAGGCAAGCACAAGGACAACGAGGCCAUCGAGUUCAGCUAUGAUCUGGAGAAUGACAGUGCUGAAGAAGUUGCAUUGGAGAUGGUGAAGUCUGGCUUUUUCCAUGAAAGUGAUGCUAAGGUGGUGGGGAAGUCCAUCAGAGACAGGGUGACUCUUAUUAAGAAGUCCCGUGAACGGCGACAACAGCAGCUCCUUCAGCAGCAACAACAACAAAGUCUUGAUGAGCGCCGUGACUCCUCGGUCCUUACCUCCUCCUUUUCCUAUGUCCAUCCUUCCUGCACCACCUCCUCACAGGGCACAGGAGCUGCUGCAGCUGCUGGGGUUCAGGGAGAGGCAGAGGAGCUGCCAGAAGUGGACCAACAUGUCCAACAGCAAGGGACUGCAUUAGGCUUCACAGAGGGUGAGAAUCUUCCUGCUGUUAGUGGACAAAGCCAAGCCUUUUCUGUACCCGAGUCAGGGAACCGUGCUCAUGCUCAAACCAGCUACCCCACUGGCACACCUGGAGUGAAAGGAGCAGGGGUUAUAUCUCACCCCCAGCUGCUCCCUAUUGGUCAGAGCGGAGGGGUUCCAAAUGUGCCUGUUGGCCAGAAUGGUGGGAUGUCUGGCAUUUCCAUUGGCCAAAGUGGUGGUGGGGCUCCUAACAUUCCUGUGGCACAGACUUUCAUUCAACCAGUCACUAUGGCAUCACAGGUCCCAUUAAAUGUGCCUCAACAAUAUUCUCAGCCCCUUCCACCAUACUCAACAGAUGUUACAUCCUCGCAAAUGUUACACUCCCGACCCGCUGAUGCUUCCACUCCCCACAGUUCUCUUGUACAGUCGCAGUCAUACAUCCCCCCAAUAUCACCCCAGGCACCCAUGACUGUCCUCACUUCCUCCAUCCCAGCUGGCGAACCCAUAGCAUCAGCAGGCAACAACAUGCCACCCAUGCAGACCCAAACUAGUAUUGCUCCUGUUCAACCCACUGAUGUUUUGCCCAAGCAAGCUAUUGUUCAGACGCAACAGCAGGUGAUAUCAGAAUUGCCCGGAACGUUGCAACUGAACAUCCAGCAAGCAACACCACAAAAGCAGGCAAAUAUAAUGCAGCAGCACCAGACUGUGUUGUUGCCACAGCAGACGGACCAGGUUCAACAAAUGGCUGUUUUGUUACAACAGCCACAGAAUAUAGAACAACCCCAGGUGGUUCUGCAGGAACAGCCACCACAUUCCAGUGCAUCUCAGCAGCCAUAUAUCCCAUUGCCACAGCAGAAACAGCCAACAAUAACCAAUCCACAGCAAAGUGAGCUACAACAGCAGGUGUACAUACAACAACCUCCAAGCAAACCCCAGCAACAAGUUGUGAUACAGCAGCAAGUUCAGCAACAUCAGCUGUCAGUACAACAAUCCUCAGUAGAACAAUAUCAACACCAGACUCAGCAACAGCAGGCACAGCAAGUUUAUGUGCAACAAAUGGCCGAAUCACAAGAGCAGAACAUGAUAAAAACCAUAGUACAACAGCCACCGGUACUUCAAACAGUCCAGCAGCCAUUGCAAUUGAUGGAGCAACAACAACAGCAGCUUCUGAUUAGGCAACAGAUUGAGCAGCAACAGAAGGCUGUUUUGCAAAAUCAAAUGGAGCAACAACAUCAACAGCAAGUUUAUAUUCAGCCACAACAACAACAAGUUGAGCAACAACAAAUUCUUCUGCAGCAACAACAAAACUUGGCAGUGCAACAACAAAUCGAGCAACAGCAGCAAGCAUUACAGCAACAAAAGCAAAUAGAACAACAGCAAAAGGCCAUUUUACAGCAACAGGUGGAACAACAAAGACAACAGCAACAGGCUUUGUUUCAGCAACAGCAACUGGAGCAACAACAAGCAUUACUGCAGCAGCAGCAACGUGAACAACAACAGGCUCUUCUGCAGCAACAACAGUUGGAACAGCAAGCUUUGCUACAACAACAACAGCAACUCCAGUUAAAGCAGCAACAAGCGCUUUUACAUCAGCAACAGUUGGAGCAGCAACAGCAGGCUUUGUUUAAACAGCAGCAACAACAGCAGCAGCAGCAAGCACUCAUUCAGCAGCAGCAAAAGUUAGAGCAAAAGGUACUGCUACAGCUGCAACAGCAGAAACACAUCGAACAGCAACAAACUUUAUUACGGCAACAGCAACAGCAGCCUCAGCAGAUAGAGCAACAUGUUUUACAGCAACAGCCACAACUACAGAAGCCGACAGAUCAACAAUUGCAGCAGCAGAUAUUCCAACAACAGACCGAGCAGCAACAACAGACAUUGCUACAACAGAGAGAGACACAGAUGCAGCAACAUCUUCUGAUGCAACAACACCAGAUUGAAUUGCAGCGACAACAAGCUCUACAAGCUGAGAAACAACUGCAUCAAGUUUUAUUGCAGCAGCAGCAUAUAGAGCAACAUGCAGCUCUGGUAGAUCAGGCAAACCUAGGGAAAACACAGCCUCCAGAGAUGGUCCAGCAGAUUAAUCAAAUGCAGCACUCUCAACAAAUAAUGUCAUCUCAACCUCAUCUUUCUCAACAACAGACUGAGCAGCAACAGGUCUUGAUUCAGCAACAACAAGCCAUCCUUCCCCAGGCAUCACAUAGACCUUCUCUGGCAGACUUACAAGUUCCAACCCUGGUUCAGGCUGUACCAAAAAUGGUUAGUGCUCAAAUACCUUGUCAAGUUCCAGCCCCAGUACUCAUCCAGCAACAGAUACCACCUCAGAUGUCAGCUCAACCUUCAGCGCAAGUACAAAUCCAGAGUCAAGGGGACCCUGGAAUUUAUGGUCAGAUUCCCCUGCAGACUCAAAGUCAUCCUACACCGCAGACAAUGGGAGGCCAUAUUCAAGCAGGCCAGCUGCAAGUUCCACAACCAACCCAACAAAUCACAUCUCCAACACAAGUUCCUACACCACAACCUAUUCAUUCUUUUGUCCCAACUUCAACACAAAUGGUCUCUCAAGGGCAAACCCUUCCAUCCCAAACUCAGUUGGUACCACCUCAAGCUGCAGCUUCUCUCCAGUGUCAAGUCGUGGUAGGGACACCUGCGCCUCUUGUGCAUCCUACAGUGCCGGCUGCUUCUACACUUAUGCCCACACAAUACGCUCAAGCACCUGUCGGUCCGCAAACCAUUCAGUCUGUUCAGCUAGACCUCACACAAUCAGUAAAACAACAACAACAACAGCCGCCUCUGCAGCAAUAUCAGCAAGCAGUACUGUCUCCAGUGUCACAUGCGCCUACCAUCAACCCAAUGGCCACUUCAUCAAUGCAGUGCUAUUUACAACAGACAAAUCAAUCACAAAUGCAGGCUUCUCCAGUCAUCCAAGCUCAGCAACAUCCAGUCAGUGUAGCCUCGAUGCAGGCGGUCUUGCAACCCAUGCCUCCAGUGCAACCUCAGGCUACCCAACAGCAUGAGCAGCAACUGCCUCAAGCCCACCAUGUGCAGCAACAGCAACCGCUCCACCAUCAGCAUCAGGCCCAACCUGUGCAGCAGCUUCUCCCACCUAAUGCUGUUUUAACACAAGAUCUCCACCAACAGCCUUGUCAUCCUCAACCAGUGCUCCAACAUAUGCUCCCGAUACACAUUGCUCCCAGUCAGGUACCUCAGACCCAAGCAAGAACGGUACCUCUGUACAGUCAGGUGGUCUCGGGUCCACCACCCUCGCCCCAGAACCAGCAGAAACUUCCUGCUCAAAUGCACACACAGACUAAAAUGCAGUCACAAGCACACUCAAACGCACAGGCACAGACCCACAUAGAGGCUACUGGGAGUUUCGAGCAGCCUCAUUACUCCCAAUCUGCCUUUAUGCCAUCACAGAUCCCCCCAAGUCCAUCUCAUACUUCCCUACAGCCCUCUUCCGCUCUUCCAGCCCUACAACCAGCUGUCCCAGUUUCAGAAAUUCCUGUUCCAUCAGAGGCACAGCUAAACCAGCCAAGGCCUGCUGACAUGAUCCCUGAUUCCCAUCCUACUGUCAAUGCUUCACAGUCCCAUGACACUAAUGGCUCUGUGUUGCCCACCACCUCGCUGGCAGAAAGUGAUGCUGCAUUGCUGGGCAUUGCUCAGGAGAGCCCACAUCAGUCUGCCAACAGGGGCUCUUCAUCAGGCUCUGUUCCUGCCAAUGGAGAUGAGGCCCAAUCGCUGUGGGCCAGUGGAAAACUAGAUAAGGUAAAAUCUCAGAGGAGAUCAUCAUGUCAAAAGACUGAAAAAACUCAUUUUCAACUCAGCAUGUUGCAGGUCUCAGGCACAGGGGACAACAUGGUAGAGUGUCAGUUGGAGACUCACAGCAACAAGAUGGUCACAUUCAAGUUUGACAUUGAGGGAGAUGCACCUGAAGACAUUGCGGAUUAUAUGGUGGAGGAGGAUUUUGUCCUUGAGCCUGAGAAAGAGAAAUUUGUUGAGGAGCUGAGAGCUAUAGUGAAGAAAGCUCAAGGAAUACUAAGCACUCAGUCACAGUCUGGGUCCUUGGAGCAACUUCAUGUGAGCACCCCAUCCAGUGCAACAAUGGAUUCAGCCCCUCAGUCUUCCCCCGUGGGUCGCUGGAGAUUCUUCAUUAACCAAACCAUUCGGCAUCGUGACUCACACUCCAACCAGGGAGCUUCCACUUCCCCACCAAUGGGAGAGAGCCGAGUUCCCAAGUCCAUAGAAAUGGAGAAAGAUCAUGAAAGCCCUCAGCGCUCAGAGUCUUUUGCUGGGAUAGCAUCUUCACCGAGUUCUUCAAUAUCUGCAUCCUCUCCUCCGGUGUCUACUGUAUCAGCACCUGCGUCCAUGUCAGCCUCGGCCAUUGCUGCCCAAAAAGAUUUAACACCUUCUGCCUUGCCAACAGUAGAGCAAGUCUUCUCCGCUACCUUGACUGGAGGCUCAAUCGCUGUCAUGGCUUCCAGCACCUCUGCCGCUCCUUUCCAUGCAGUCGCAUCCCUCACAGGCUCCAGUGUGGACCAAGGAGAUGCUGCAGUUAAAGUUGAUGGUGAACAGCCCCUCUCUAACUUGUCUGCUUAUGGAACCCCUCCAGCAUCACUGGUGACCCACGCUGAUCCAUCACAACAGUUGCUAGCUCAAACCCAAAUGGCACCCUCACAGACACCAGAUAUACUUCAACAGACCCAGACACUACAGAUAGCAAUGGCCACCACCGAACAGGCUCAGCAACCACAGAUUAUGCCUCAUCCAGUGCUCCAGGUCGCUCCACAGCCACCUAAACUCCAGCCUAGCGAGUCAAAAGCACUAUCACAGCCGAUACCAAAGGAGACAGUCCCUUUGCAGGGAGGCCUUCCAGCUGCCCAAGUUCAGCAGGUCCCUCACCAACAAGUACCAGUUGAAUCUCAACAGCCGGCAAUGCAACAGACUGCAUUCUUGCAGCAACACAGCCUUCAGCAAACAGCCAGUGCUGAGCAGAUCCAGCACCAUACUGUAGAACAGUAUGUGUCUCAAGAAACCACACCGGCCCCAGCGAUGCUGACCAUGCAUCCACAGCAUUGUUUCCAGACCCAGGAUCCCCUACAGCUUCGAGCUCCAUUUCAACCUGUAAUCCCGCAGCAGCUUCCCGCCGAGCAAACGCAGACCUUACUUCAGCAGGUACCGCAUGAUAUGGUGCCUAUGGCACAAACCACGGUGCCUCCGGCUGUGCAGAAGCAGGCGUCUGUCCAGCAGUCAGAGUCUGAACUGUCCACUGGUGAGGACACCGUCAGCCACUCCGCCCCACCCCAUCCCUCUUCGGACACCUCUCUCCCACCCCUCCAACUCUCUGAAACUGCUCUGCCCACCCUCUCCCAUACAUUUACACCCUCUCCAGCCCAGCCCUCCUCAGUUGCCGAGUCAGACAGCGAAGGCCCACCCAAAAUCGAGUUUGUGGACAACCGAAUCAAGACUUUGGAUGAGAAACUGAGGACUCUGCUGUAUCAGGAGCACAGCGGCAGCGGGGCAGCACUGGCAAGUGGCUCCACGGGCGGCCCUGGUCCUGCCCCCAACUCCACCUCGGGAUCUGCUGCAGCCUCCACUGCAGUUGAUGAGUCUUCAGAGCCCCCCUACGCAUUCUCCCCACCUCCUGUGACCUCCUCAGACACCUCCCCUCACUCCACCUCUUCCACCACCUCCUCCACCACCCCUCGUUCUUCCUCCAUCUCUCCGGAUGGAGAGGGGGAGAGAGCAGGCGAGGAGGAGACGAUCUCAUCUGCUGUGCAACAACAGCCUGCCUCAUCCUUCUCCUCUACAUCCCCUCCAUGCUCCCUCCUUUCCCCUCCACAGGAGCCCGGAUCUCCAAAAGUGCCCAGUGAAACAUCAGUAAGCGUAAGUGGGGCUCCGCCUUCCCUCUCUGAAAGCUGCACCCCUGGAGAUGUUCUGUUGCCUUCCUCUUCUCAACCGCCCAUCCCACUGUGGCCUGGACAGCAGCAGCAGCACAAUGAAGGAGGUGGAUAUUUUGGCCUAAACCUGACAUGUCCUAGUAUCAGAAAUCCUGUUAGCAAGAAAUCCUGGACUCGAAAAUUCAAAAGCUGGGCGUGCAAACUGCGCCACUCCGCCAGCUUGUUCAAGAAGCCCAGAGUCCAGCAAGGGGUAAGAACAGAGGAGUGUAGAAAGGGAAGAGAAUCUAAGAGGGAUGACCCUUGUGCGUCGCACCUGGAUCUGAGUCUCCAGUCCCAGCAUGGCAACUUCAGCCAGGGGAUGGAGGAGGAGAGGGAGGCAUCUACAAAUGACCAACCCUGCUCGCGCAGAGGGCGUUUCCAGGUGAUUCCAGUUUCCCAGUCCGCAGAGCCCCUUCCACCGCAGGAAGCUGCACCAAGCCAAGGAGUCAUGCAAAGAAAAGUUGGCCGUUUCUCAGUUACACAGGCCGAACAAAGAGAGGAAAAUUUGACGGACAGCUCCCCUGUGUCCCCUGACCUGGAGCGAGAGAGGAGGAAAACGAAAGGGAAAGAUGGUGAGAAAGAGGAGAGGAGAACUACAGUACCCACCCACCCACCGAGGAGUCACACACGCUCGCCCAUGGGCAGCAGCGACGAUGAGAGCGAGGUAGAGGAUGAAGAUUUGAGGAGAGAACUCCACAAGCUGAGAGAGAAACACAUCAAAGAGGUGGUGUCCCUGCAGGCACAGCAGAACAGAGAGCUGCAGGAUUUGUACAGGCAGCUCCGCUCUCUUAAAGACCACAGACAGCCUCUGUCCAUGACCCUGCCCCGUACCUCUCCUUUGCCCGCCGCACCCCUCGCCAUCUCCCCACGCAGACCCCGACCCGCCAAAGCCAAGCUCCGGCCCCGACCCCAUUCUCACAUGGAUAACAACGGAGUCACACACCAAGGGAGUCUUCAGCAGUCUAGUAGUUAUUCUGGUGGGGAGCAAAGCAGGCUUCACUCAUACUGCAAGCCUGAGAAAAUCCCAUCACUGACCGCUAAUAGAGACCAGAGUCCUUCAGCCCAGGGUUCUGCCAAUAGAAAGAGCACAUUUACAGAUGAACUGCAUAAGCUUGUUGAUGAGUGGUCAAAAGAAGCUGUUUGCCCUGUUCAGCCUAAGCCUUCACUGAAUCAAAUCAAACAGAUCCAACAAGUGCAGGAGUUGGGCGGAUGGGGCCAGACUACUGAGCCAACAGCUUCAUCGGGUUGGUUUUCCGGGGCUCCACUGAGUACUCCCGUAUCAGUCAGCAUGUCUACAAUGACGUCCACCCCCUAUAGCACCAUAAGUGGACAAACGCAGCCGCCUCCAACGCAAUUUCCCAUCGCUCCUCUACCCCAGCAGAAUGCACAUCUGCAGCCUCCCCUGCACCGUCAGCCCCUGCAGUACAGCCCGUCUCCCCUGCACCCGCAGCAGGUCCAGCUCCUGUCAGGAUCCCAGCCCCCGGUGUCUGGCGCGCCUCCCCCCAGCGCCUCCCCCUCGCUCAUGACUGCAGCGGGGCCUCCGCUGCCCCCCGCCACCAGCAUCACAGCUGCCUCUGUCCCCGCCGCCACCGCCAAUCAAGACACCAUCUUCUGCUCGUCCUCCUCCUCCUCAUGCUCCUCUUCCUCCUGCUCCACCUCCACUCUGCCUUCAAGUGCCAAACUUCACUCCAAACCCUCCACGUCCACCCUUCCUUUAGGACAGCAGUGAGAUGAGGUCUGUUUGAGAAGACGGAGAGGAACGCCACUGAUGUACAUCCUGUACAGGAAGGACGCUAGUAGCAAGUGGUUGUGUGUGUGUGUGUGUGUGUGUGUGGGUAUGGGGGUGUAUAAAUACUGUAGUGUGUGUAUUUGUGUGAGCGUGUGUUUGUGUUGCAUUUUUCAAAACAUAUCCUCUGUGUGUUUCCGCACCGUCAAGUUUUAUAUCUGACUUAGCUGGACCUGAACUUGCCCUAUAUAGAGACAUUUUUGACAUGAGAUAUGAUCCUCUUUGUUUUUAUUUAUCAGUGCUUCAAAUGAAAGGACUAUUUGAAUUUUAAAAAGUGCAAUUAGUAAUGAUAUUUAAAUUCUUUUCUGUGUUGUUGUGACGUGGGUCUGUAUAGCUUAAAAGAAAUAUUUUUUUAUAUAUACGCACGGAAAAGACAACAACCGGACGUCAGCAGUGAUGCGCCAUCUUAAAAGAGCACAACGGAUUCAGCCGGUGGCGAGAUCAACCGCAUGUUCCAGCGCAGAGCAUGGUAACCCUGCAACCGUCAUCUUAGCUACGAAAACAAUCAAAAACACUUGUUGUGCACGGAAUAAGGCAUGCUCCUCAUGUAUUAUAUUUUACAACGAUAAAUAGCGGUAACGUUUUAGAUUUAGCCAAGAUUUUUUCUAGAAUAACAAAUAGCCAUUGACUAAUUCCUUUUACGAUCCUGCAAUUGAUUCUGAGAAGAAAACAGUUCUUCAGUUCAUUUGGUUUCAAAUGAAACUAGCUAAUAUGAUUGCAGUAUUUUUCUCUCUGUAUUUUUCUCUAGCAGACGUUCAUACUUUUAAGGUUUACACUAUUAACAUUAAUCCCAUGGUGAAGAGUGCAAGACUAGACGGCUGUUUGGAAAGCUCAAGUGAAGUGAACGCAGCUUGUUCUUGUUCUUGUCUAUUUUUGCACAGUCCCGUAUGAACGUGCUUCCGUGAACACCGAACUGUGAUCUGUGAACUGUGAGUUUGCUUUUCGUGAACGCAGCGCAUCAGCAAAACACUGGCAAAAAGAUGUAAUCCUCGUUGAAUCUGGCAUUUCAUCAGAUAUAGACGUAUACAUAACUGCCAAGCAAAUUUAUGACUGGGAAAACAUAGGUUGCCUUUUUACAGUGUAUUUUACGCCACUGAUCAUAAAGCUUAUGUGUGAUUCGUCUAGACCAAGAUAUCAAUUCCCAGCUACGUAACAAGACUACUGAAGAUUUCUGAAGAGGUUGUCAGUCAGCAUUCAUAAACCUGCAAUGCCCAUAUAUAGAAAACUGGCUGUUUUCGUAAUGUUUUGUUGAAAAAAGGAACUGAUGGUUGGUAUGAAAGAGGCAACCUGCGUUUUUCAACAAGUAGGUGAGAGAUAGACAGGAUGGAAUGUAUUGUGUUAAGGAACGGAUUCAUUUUGUGAAGCUUUUUAAAUUGUGCUAAUGCUAGAACUCGUGGAUGUUUCAAAAAGAAGUCAACAUGGCCGUUGCCUACAAAGAUUUGGGAUCACACAGUUUCCAGUAUUUUAUGUCCUUUUUUUCUAAAGACAAGACCCACCUCCUCAUAGUAAACCAACAGGAUAGUGGUGAGCAUAAAGCUGUUGUGUCUAAGAAAACUCCCAACAUUAGCCAUUUGAUCUGUACAAAUGGGAAAUGUAAAGAUAACCCUCUGCUGAAGUGUUACAAAAAUGUAAUCUAAAAAGAAAGCAUUAUUUUUGUAUUUUGAAAGGGGUUGUAAAAAUGUAAAAUUGUGUACUGAACAGUGUUGAGAAAGCUGUGGUUAUCUGAUAAGACACAGGUCCUAAAACGGUUUCUCGAGUUCCCCUGGCUUACAAAUUUACCCCAAACGUUUGUUCCAAGAUUUCGACACGAUACAGCAUUUCGAGGGAUUUUAAUUCAGUGCAAGUGACUGGGAAUAUUUUAAGCCAAAUCGUUUCUACAGUGGUGUGACUUUUGGGUGAAGUUGUACAGUAAAACCAGGGGGACCCUAGAAUUACUUGACUGACCACCAAUAAUUAAAGGUUAUUUAAGUGAAAAUAAUCUAUAGAGGACUAAACUUAUUGCUGGUGAUUUAGCUACUGUAAAUUGUAACUAAUUCAACUGUUGAUUCUAUUUAUGUUUUGUAACUAAUCAAAAAUAAAUAUCAAAUGUUAAACUUCAAA